UUCCAGCAGUGAACUAGCGUCACUCAGGAUGGACUCCGGACCCCCCAACCUGCCGCUGCUGCUGCUCAGCUGCCUCCUACUCUUCUGGCCGAGUGCCAGAGGAAACUCAUAUUACACUAUAGGCCCCGUUGGCCUUACCAUCCUACCCAGCAGCACGGUUCGGAGCGGGACAGCGGUGACCCUACACUGCCAGGUCAGAGUCAGUCAUGACAACAUCACAGACCUGAUGCACACCUUCCAGCUCAGCCAGGACUACAUUACCGUCUACUCCUCUACCACCAAAGAAGACUCAAUCGUAUAUGUACUGGACCCGGCCCGGGCAGCUGACUCUGGCAGUUAUGAGUGUCGAGUCAAAGUCAAGGAAAAGAGCAAACAAAGCCACAGCAUUAAACUCGACGUCACAGGCCUGCAGACCCCCAUUCUGUCUUUGAAUAAGACCUCACCCUAUGAGAGCGAGGAGUUCACAGCCAGCUGCAGCGCUCCGGAGGAGAAAGGAUCCCUCAUCUUCAGGUUUUACCAGAGAUUUAGGAAUGGAAGCAUUCAGAGGAUAAAGCAGCCGCCGCCCACUGGGAACUCAUCAGAGACCACACUGGUCCUGAGGGGGAUUGGAGACAGCUUCCUGUACUGUGACUACGAUGUCAAUCUGGUCUCUGGGGCCAGACACUCCAACCACAGCAACGAGAUUCAUAUAAUCGUCAAAGCACUCUUCAUUUCCCCGAUCAUGAAUGUGCUGCCCUCGCCAGAUGUCUAUGAGGGUGAGGUAAUAGAGGUGGUCUGCAAAGUGGUGAGUCCCCUGAAGGACAUUGAAGUAUUCCUGACGAUGGGCAGUAGGAUCCUCAAGAGAGCCCCACUCAGCCUCAUCCAUCGGCUCAUUACACAAGAAGGCGACUCUGGGAAGCUCACGUGCAAGGCAGAGUGGGGCAACGUGCAGAAAGAGAAGCAUCAAAUAAUCACAGUCAAAGAACUGUUCUCAAAGCCACGACUAACCGUGACGCCCACAGACAUAUUUGAGGGAGACAGCUUCCAACUGACCUGCUCCGUCUCCAUCUUUGUUCCCGAGAAGAUGAGCAAUGAAAGCAUGCGGUUCUCCAUCUACAAAGAUAACGUCCAACUCACCGGUGCAGAGACGUACAACACCAAGGCACACCCUUCUCAGAAUGGCAACUACUCCUGUAAAGCUCGGGCUGUGUCCCUCAUACACAGCUUUGUAAAGGAAAGCCAAGAGGUUGUUGUUAAAGCAAAAGUUCCUGUUUCCAACCCCACGCUGAGUGUGGUGGGAGGAACGCUGGUGUUGGAAAAGCCCUUCCAGCUGCUCUGUCACAGCGACAAUGGCACGCUGCCCAUCCACUACACCCUUUUCAGCCCUGACCAGCAGACUAAGACCAGCGUGGUGAGCAAGCCCGGGGAGGAGGCCAUCUUUAACUGCUCAGCCAUCUACAAGACUUCAGACUUAAAUAACUUUAUGUGCCACGCGAGAAACCGUGAAAACAGCUCUCCUGUGGAAGUAACAGGGAUACAGCUGCUAAGUCCCAGCAUCAAAAGUCCCAGCAUCAGAGGUCCCACCAUCAUAGAGCCGGUCUCUAAGCCAAGGUUGACCGUGCUGCCCGGCCAGUGGGACGUCUCCGAGGGUCAGGGCAUGACCCUCAUCUGCUCCGUUGAGAGAGGAACUCUUCCCAUCAGCUUCACCUGGUUCCACACCGACAGGGAGGGCCCUAUCUUCUCCCAGGGCUCCAAGAAACUGAAGGGGUCCUACAGCAUCAGCAACGUCAGAGGAGAGCAUGGAGGGGGGUACUACUGUGUGGGCAACAACCAGGCCAACAUCACCAAACAAAGCCUCACCGUCAUGAUCGGAGUGAAAAUGGCCGGCUGGAAGAAAGGUCUCAUUGCUGUUAUGGUGUGCCUCAUCCUGCUCAUACUGGCACUGAUCCUCAUUAUGGCCUUAAAAAGACGCCUCCUUCUAUUCAAGAGGAAAAGAACCGAGCUGACGGUGAAGUCAGCCAGCACCAAGGUGGAGCGGCUGAGCCUCACCCAGGCCGAGGUCAACCAGGCUGCUAACGUCACUCCAGGCAUGAUUGGAAAGAGUGUUUGGAGUGAACAUGUAUCAGGCUCGGAGUCUGAGGACCAGAAUAGUGUGACCGCUCCAGAAAAGCCACUAGAAGGUAAAUACAGUGAGGUGGAGACCAGACAGGCAGAUCCCCACAGAGCUCCGGUGAAAAAGGCCACGGACAGCGAAGUGCGGAACUCCAAACUAGGUGUUCCAGAGCAGGCCGAUGCUAGAGACGUCUCACGGAAAGACACGACGCAAUAAACGGAAACCCAGUGGAGUCAGUUGUUAGUGUUUGUAGACAGGUAACUGACCUGCUUUCUAAAUUUAUGAUAACAUAAGUCGCAAUUAUGUUCAAUUGUUACACUUCAAUUCAUAAUUAAAAACUCAAAUGAACUAGAUUAGAGUCAGUUCACAGUAGGUGAACUCCACAUUCAAAGAUGUUUCUACAGAAACUAGUCUUCUGUACUAUUGUACUCGUGUUUCCUGCCACAAUGUUGUGACCAUGUUAGCAUGUUGAUGUUAAUAUUUAGCUCAUAAUGCCACUGCGCCUACGUACAGUCUCAUUUAUUUAUUCCUAUUAUUUGUUUCUAUUACAUUUUUUUGUACUCAACUUAUAGAAAUAAGGACAUAUUUAGAAAAUAACAGAUUUGCUUUGUUUCUCACAAAGUGCAAGACAGAUUUUUAAGAGCUCAGAAACUGUAGCUGUUGUUGUUAAUCUGCAUAUUCUCAAUACUUUGUUCAUUUCUGUUCAUGCAAAUGACUUGACAUACAAAACACACAUACAAACGUUACAUUGAUACAGGCAUGACUGUAAUGCAGUAAUAUUUCAUCCAGUAUCAUUGUCCCUUUCUUUCCCU